AGAUACAGGUGAUCCGUGCUCUGAUUUGGUGCCUUUCUAGUGGUCCCAUACCCCCUGUCUUGUUCCCCCGUCUGCAGCGACCGUUCUGUGGUGUUGAAAUUGCACUUUUUUUUUCUGGAGAAGAAGGGAAGGAGUGAGCCAUCAAAGGUAGCUUUGGCAAAGCGAAUCCCGAACACUUCUCAAAUCUUCUUUGGUUUCCUUCAUCAACACCCAGCUGUGAUCACACCCCCCCUUUCACAACGCUGUUUUUAGAUACCCCCAUUUGCGAAGAUCCUGUUCCAUUUGACGAGGCCUACUAUCGUCAAGUCAAUCAUUGUAAUUUCAAUUCUUUUUUUAUUUUCUGCUAGCGGACCUAAUCACCCCCAUCGCGAAACCCAAACUUUAGCCUAAUAUGUCGUCCCCAGCGAAGAUGAUACGACGGAAGAAGAACGUCAAGAAGGGAAUCCAGUUCUGCUUGAUGGUCUGUGGUGCUUCAGGAACAGGAAGGACGACCUUCGUCAACACUCUCUGCAGCAAGAGUGUUUUGAACCACAAGGAAUCGGACGAUGCCAAUAGUGCUCACAUCGAAGAUGGUGUGAAAAUCAAGCCCAUCACUGUUGAGCUCGAAUUGGAUGAAGAGGGCACUCGUAUCUCUUUGACCAUCGUCGACACCCCGGGUUUUGGUGACCAAAUCGACAACGAGGCAAGCUUCUCAGAAAUUGUCGGAUAUCUCGAGAGACAAUAUGACGAUAUCUUGGCCGAGGAGUCGCGUAUCAAGCGAAACCCCAGAUUCAGGGACAACCGAGUACACGCUAUGCUAUACUUUAUUACCCCGACUGGUCAUGGUCUCCGUGAACUUGACAUCGAACUAAUGAAGCGCCUUGCUCCUCGUGUCAACGUCAUCCCCGUUAUUGGCCGAGCUGAUUCGCUGACCCCCGCCGAGCUGGCCGAGUCGAAAAAGCUUGUUAUGGAGGAUAUUGAGCAUUACCGAAUCCCCGUGUACAACUUCCCAUACGAUAUCGAGGAGGAUGACGAGGACACUGUCGAGGAAAAUGCCGAACUCAGGGGCCUCAUGCCCUUUGCCAUCGUCGGUUCUGAAGAUGUUAUUGAGAUUGGUGGUCGUAAGGUCCGAGCUCGGCAAUAUCCUUGGGGUGUUGUCGAGGUUGACAACCCUCGUCACUCGGACUUCCUGGCCAUUCGAUCGGCUCUUCUUCACAGCCAUCUCGCUGACCUAAAGGAGAUUACCCACGACUUCCUAUACGAGAACUACCGUACUGAGAAGCUUAGCAAGAGCGUUGAGGGCGGCGCUGGAGUCGACUCUUCUAUGAACCCUGAGGACUUGGCUUCCCAGUCCGUCCGUCUAAAGGAAGAGCAACUUCGCCGAGAGGAGGAGAAGCUUCGCGAGAUCGAGGUCAAGGUCCAGCGCGAGAUCAACGAGAAACGACAAGAGCUUUUGGCCCGCGAGUCCCAACUGCGCGAAAUCGAAGCAAGAAUGGCCCGAGAGGCCGCCGCUGCCGCAGGCACACCGGAAGCGAAUGGCGAACAGGAAGCCAACUAAGUGGCCCAGAACAACAUCUUUUCUAUCUCCUACUCCUGGUAUACCGGCGGCCAGAUAGCAGUACGGACUGUGGCGUUGGGUGUUUAAUAUUCCCUAGUCCCUGAUCCCCUAAGCCAUUCGAGAUGACGCGUUAUACGAAAAUCCAACAAUAUUAAUGAUUGCGUGGGAUGCGGAAUAGCAGAGGGCUUGUUGAAAAACUUGUCAGGAAUAAAAGAGCCAGAGUUGAUAUCCCUUUACAAUUAUUGCAUGCCCCAUUUUCGGAAGAGGGACGAUGGCACAGUGGGAAAAGAGAAGCAGUGUUUGCCUUCCCAAUUUUUCAUAUCUGAUGACACAUCGUCCUGUGGACAAACUAAAGGUGGUAGAGGAGAGAGUUCGCCUACCUUUAUAUCUUUUGCGAGUCGAUGUCCGUUUUACUAGUUGCCAACUGUGUAGCCUUUUCUACUUUCACGCCCCCUUUUCUCCUAGUAUUAGUGCCUUCUAAUGCAGAUAUCAAUAUGAGCUUUCUUUGAUGUCUUAUUAUAUUAUAUUACCACGAUGUGUUCUUGCUCCUAGUGCCAUUGCAUCGUCGUGUUACGAAAACGUUAUUGCGGAGGAAAAGGCGAAAAUAAAUACGGAGCUAUUGUAUCUGC